CCAAUUAGCCAGGGCUCUCACAGCUGUGGAGGGAAUGACCUAAGGGGCAUUAUAAAAAUACAGCCUCCUGGGGCUUACCCCCCAGAAGGGAGCCAAGGCCCAAGGUUGUGUGGUGCAACUUGGUGGGAGCAUCCAGAAGGAGCAGAAGGCUCUGUGGACUCAGCGAGACUGGAGUUUGAGUCCUGGACCUGCCUCAAGGGUCACAUGACCUGAGGCAGGGCUUCUCUGAGCCCUUGGUCUCCUCAUCUGUGGAGUGGAGGACAGAGGGGCCUGCUGAUCAAGUCUUGCCUCCUGUGGGUCGAGGCAUGGGCUCAAGAAGGCCCACCCUCACCUCUUAACCCCAGGGAUGGUGUGAGACUGCACAAAAGGAGCUGACCAGGGGAGGGAAGGAGCCUGAUAGGCCUGGGUCCUAGGCAGGGGAGCCCCUGCUGGCAGGGAGAGCGGCCAGGUGCAAGUUGGGUGUCCUUGGUGCCUGGUGCUGGGGUGGAGGCCAUCUGAUCACCAGUGGGUCCCUCCUCCUUCCUCUGGGGAGGCGUUAGCUGGGCAGAGACUCAUGGUUGCCUGUCCUCUGGCUGGAAGAGCCAAACUGGUCCUGCUGCAGCCUUUCACCUGGACGACAGAAAGAGGCCAGGAGAUGCCGAGAGCCAGUGAGAAGGAGAGCUGGAGAGACAGAGACUGACUCCUGAGGAGAGGUGGCCAGGAGCUGAGAUGGAAGAGGCGAGGCCACAGAUGGCCAAGGUGUGGGGUGGCCAUGUGAAGAAAGAACCAUGAACCAUGGCCAUGUGAAGAAAGGCCAUGAACUAUGGCCCUCCAUGUGAAGAAAGAAGUUGGGGGCCUUUCUCACGGCUCUCUGUGCACUGACCACAAGGGAGGCGCUUUUGCAAUGUAGAAAAAGAAGAAACCAGAUUGAUAAAGGAAGUGCUGGGUACUCCGGGGGCCCGCGAGUUUGGGGAAGCUCACCCUCCCUUGCUCUUCCGAAGGAACCUGAUCCACGCUUUCCACGUUCCUCUGGACUCCCCGAGGAGGCACCUCUGUAGGGCCUGCCCUCUGGCCUUGACAGAGCUACUUGGCUUCUCCUCUCCUGGGAGGAGAGUGAGGCAAUGGGUCCGUCCCUGCUGCUGUCCCUGCUGCUGCUGCCGGCAUCUCUGCAGGCUGGCAGCUCAAAAGAAUGCAAUCCAAACACUGACUUUGGGAUCAACCAACCAGCGUCUCUCUCAGCCCCCGAGGGUGGUUACACCUGCAUCUCUUUCUCCUACUUCUACUGCUGGGAGUUAGCCAAGGAUCCCAGACUGAGUAUAGCUGUCAGACGGACAGACUUCCAUGGAGAGGUCAUCUACAACAGUACCCAGCGUUUUAUCCAUAAGGAUUACAAGAACCGGAUCUCCCUGGAAUUGAGAGAGGGUCAGAACUCCGGCACCCUGUGUAUACGGAACCUGCGGAAAGAAGAUGAGAAUAGGUACUUUUGCCGGGUCCAAGUGGAAACGCUAAGAGACAACAAACAGGUGUGGCAGUCCAUCCCAGGGACCAAACUCACCAUUACCAACGCUGCCCAGGCGACCACCAAGGGCACCACCACCGCAGCCACCAUCACAGCUGACCUCAAUGUCGUAGAGAACAAUGGGAGCUCAGCAUCUUCACCCCUGAGUGUGGGAGCUGCAGUCGGGGUGGCACUGGCUGGUGUUGUGCUCAUAAUAGCAGUUUUGGGACUGAUUGUCUUCCUCAGGUGGAAGAGAAGCAAAGGUCUGCAGACUAAAACCAGAACCGUAGCCAGGGAAUCGGUCCAAAACACUGAGGAGAAGUAUGAGAACAUCGGGAUUACAGGACAAAAAACAGAGCCCAAGCUGGACCCCAAGGGUGAAGCCCAGGAUGACGGUGGCAUCCUCUAUGCCUCCCUCACCCUCUCCAGCUCCUCGUCACCGGCAGCCCCUCCCUGCACCCCUCCCAAGGAGAGCCCGCAGGAGACCCUGUAUUCUAUCGUAAAGGCCCAGUGAGCAGGACUGAAUGGGGACUCCCUGAGACUAAGCUGCACAGAAGGUCACAGCUUCUAGUAAUAACCCUGGCCAGACACAGACAAAAGCCAGUGGGUGUGGAAGGCCACCAAGGACCAGAGAGAAACAGAGCCAUCUGCUUCCAUUCCCUCUUCAACGUCCCAGCCCUUGCCCACAAAAAUAAAAGUACUAGUAGGAUUUGCCUGAAGGCACCUAAAGAGAAA